AUGGAGAAAGCAUUCUCCUUCUUCUUUCUUUUUACCAUCUUCUUCUUCUUCCAUUCUCCCACAAACACUUUCAUUGAGUGUACUAAAAAUAUCAGCACGGAUCAAUCUGCUCUUAUCGAUUUGAAAAAUCAAUUUACUUUAGUUAAUCCAGAUAAUGUUUUGGCUCGAAACUGGUCCACUACAAUUUCUGUUUGUUAUUGGAUUGGAGUUACUUGUGGAUCACGCCAUCAUAGGGUGAUUGCAUUGAAUCUUCCAGGUAUGCACCUAUCUGGACAACUUCCCACAUCUUUGGGAAAUCUCUCAUUUCUAUCUCUUUUAGACAUGAGUGAUAACUUUUUAUAUGGGAAUAUACCUAAAGAGUUGGGUUAUUUGCAUCGGUUACAAGUGUUACUUCUGUCCAGCAAUAAUCUUACGGGUGAGAUUCCACAACAGUUAGGGAAUCUUCGUCGCUUGGAGAUGCUAGAUAUGAGUACAAACAACUUUGUUGGUUCGAUCCCAAGUUCUAUUUUCAACAUCUCAACACUUAAAAGCAUUAACCUUAAUCUAAACCAUUUAUCUGGUACUCUUCCGAAUAACCUUUGUGGCAACAUUCCAAAUCUAAUUGAACUUCAUUUAGAGCGUAAUAGACUUAGUGGCCCACUACCAACAAAUUUAUCUUCUUGUUCAUGGCUUCAAUCGUUGGUGUUGCAAAUGAAUGAGUUCACUGGAUUUAUACCAAGAGAAAUUGGAGGGUUAGAGAUGCUCAGACUACUAGCUCUUGGAGUUAACAGGUUAACAGGUGAAAUUCCACAAGAAUUUGGCAAUCUUCGCAAUUUGAGGAUUUUGAAUCUUCGAGCGAACCAUAUUACUGGAGUUUUACCAAAGACCAUUUUCAACCUUACUUCACUUCAAGUAAUGCAAUUGCUGACAAAUAAACUCAUUGGAUCCAUACCUAGGGAAAUAGGAAACUUAACUUCCCUUCAAGAGUUAGAUCUUUAUGAAAACUUUUUAUCAGGUACAAUACCCCAAGAAGUUAGAAGGCUUAAUGAAGUAGAGGUUCUUGAUUUUCAUUCCAAUAAUCUAAGUGGUUUGAUUCCUGAAGUCAUAUUCAACAUCACAACACUUAAGAUUAUUGACCUUUCAAUGAAUCACCAUUGGGGGAGUCUUCCUUCCACUAUAGGGUAUGCAUUACCCAAUCUUGAAGACCUUUAUAUAUCUGACACUAUGCUAAGUGGAGUUAUACCUCAAAGCCUCUCAAAUUGUUCUCAACUCUCACAUAUAAUUCUUGGAUUCAACUACUUGACUGGGUCCAUUCCAAAAUCUUUAGGAGAUCUUAGGUUCUUGAGUUUCUUUUCAGUUGUUAGAAAUGAUUUAUCAAGUGAGUCUUCAUCACCAGAAUUAAGCUUCAUAACUUCUUUGACCAAUUGUAGAGAGCUGUACAUUUUGGAUCUGACUUAUAAUGAUUUUCGUGGAGUAGUUAUUCCCAAAUCCAUUGGAAAUUUUUCUUCCUCACUACACAACCUUGGGCUAGCGGGUACUGGGUUAAAGGGGUCAAUCCCAGAAGAAAUUGGCAAUCUAAGUGGUUUACAAACUAUAGAAAUGGUUGGGAAUGACUUGGGAGGAGUUAUUCCAAACACAUUGAAAGGGUUACAACGACUUGAACGUUUGUACUUGGGCUAUAACAAAUUAAGAGGACCAAUUCCUAGUAGUUUUUGCAAGUUGGAGAAAUUGGGGCUGAUGUAUUUGAAGGAGAAUCAAAUUUCAGGUUAUAACCUCCAUAUGUAUGUCGGAAAAUCAUUUUUCUGGCAGCAUCCCAAGCACACUAGGAAGCUUGCAAAAUUUGAUAUCCCUCUCCCUAGCAAAGAACCAUCUAAAUGGACAAAUACCAGAGACAAUUGCGGGGAUGCUAAGUUUGGAAUCACUAGACUUGUCUCAUAA